GAUUUCAUUUGUUGACGACAUUGUGAAGAAGAUUGAAUCAGGACAGCACUGGAUCACAAUCACUGGUAAUGCUGGUGAUGGGAAGACAACGACAGCCUACAUGGUGUUGGAUGAGAUGACGAAGCAAGGCAGGGAGGUGUUUCACGUGAAGGAGCCUGAUCAGUAUUACAUCCUGACAGAAAAUACCAACCAAAGAGUCAAAUUUGUUGUCAUGUUGAAUGAUGUCAUAGGUGCCUUUGCCUUGGACAAACUAGCUUUCAUCAAAUGGAAACCUGUCAUCUUUGACGCCCUUGAAAAUAUCAGACAAACUAACAAGUCUGAAUUCGCAAGCACUCUGACCAUUAUUUUUGUCCACAGGGCUUACGUCCUUAAUGAAGCAUGUGGCAGUUUUGACAAACAUACACCUGAUAUUGUAGGCAAGGAAGCUCUAACAUCUCUUGCUUCACUUCCUGAAACAGAGCGCAUGGAAAUUCUCCAGUAUCACCUGACACUUGCAGGUAUUGUUGACAUACCAGAGAGCAGUAAGAAACAGGUAGUUCGUACUAAGACACCACAUGGAUUUCCACAUUGUUGUCAAAUGUUUACAGAAUUAAAAGCUAAAGAAAAACAAGUGGACAUUGAACAAUUCUUUUCCUGUCCUCUUGAGUGUCUUGAUAACGUAACCAAAACACAUCUGGACAAUGAGGAAACAAAGGAAGUGUUUAAGAUGCUGAUGAAAAAGGAUGGAAAGCUUGACCUGAAUGAAAUAGACGAUGACGAAGAAAGGAACCGUCUAGAGUCAGUGUCAUCACCUUUGUUUGGAAGCUACCUGUCAGACAACAAUGGCAUGAUAACGUUCUCGCAUUCCUCAAUCUAUGAAAGUGUAGCACAUUGCAUCGGACAAUUAGACGUAGUAUUUGCAAUCAAACAUUUCAGCUUCUCUUACAUAAUGCAGAGCAUGAAAUUUAUGGAGACCCAAUGCAUUUCGCGGAAUGUCAUCAGUGUUGCUCCAAGCAGGAUGAAUAUUACAACACUUUGUAAAAGAUUUACCCAGCCUGUGGCCUACAGAUGGUUUUCUGUCCUUGAACACAAUUUCUUUCAAAAGGAAGAUUUUUGUAGGAUUUUCUUUUCAUCUUUGAUCAGGACCAAUAAUCUGAACUUGGAGAAUGAUAAACUGGUGGCCCUUGACAACAAAGACAGUAAUGGAGACACCAUGUUGCAUGUUUUGUCAAGAUGUAAAAAUACGACAGCUAUCCAAGUUCUUCUGGAGUGCGGCGCAGAUGUGAACAAGGGGAAUAUGCGGGGGAAAACAGCCUUCCAUGAGUUGUGUGAAGGCGAAGGUGUCGAUGCAAGUGCUCUAAAGCUGAUGCUCAAACACGGGGCGGAUGUCAACAUAGUGAGUGGGGAUGGCGGAACAGCUCUCCACUGUCUGUGUACUGCGAGUACUGUCGAUGUUGCAAAUGUGGAACUGUUGAUCAAGAACAACAUUGAUCUGAAUUGGGCUGACGGGGUGGGAUAUACAGCUCUUCACUAUUUGUGUGCACGUAAGGAUGUAGAUACAUCUGUCUUUGACCUAAUCAUUAAACAUGGCGCUGCUGUCAACAUGUUCGGUGAAAAUGGCAAGUCAGCACUUCAUGUCUUGUGUAAAGGAGGGGAUACUAACGUAAGAAAUGUGGCCCUACUGAUCCAACAUGGUGCUGAUGUCAACACGACUGACAUGGAGGGAUUUACAGCACUUUACCAUCUGAGUGCUAGGGAUGAUGUCAAUGAAAGCUCUUUCAAACUAUUGUUACAAAAGGGUGCUGAUGUCAACAAGGCUGGCGUGCAGGGUUUGACAGCACUUCACCUACUGUGUGGUAGGGAUGAUGUCAAUCACCUCGCUGUGAACUUGUUGUUACAAAACGGUGCUGAUGUUAACAGGGCUGCCUUGGAGGGUUUUGAGGGCGUGACAGCACUUCACUGUCUCUGUGUUUGGGACAAUGUCAAUGAAAGCGCUAUCAAACUGUUGUUACAAAACGGUGCUGAUGUCAACAAGGCUGACGUGAAAGGUGGGACAGCACUUCACCAUUUGUGUGCGAGGGAUGCUGUCAAUGAAAGCGCUGUCAGAUUGUUGUUACAAAACGGAGCUGAAGUCAAAAAGGCUGACGUGGAGGGCGUGACAGCACUUCACCAUCUGUGUGAUAGGGAUGAUGUCAAUGAAAGCGCUAUCAAACUAGUGUUACAAAACGGAGCUGAUGUCAACAAGGCUGACAUGGAGGGCUUUACAGCACUUCACUGUUUGUGUGAUAGGGAUUAUGUCACUGAGAACGCUGUCAAACUGUUGUUACAAAACGGAGCUGAUGUCAACGAGGCUGACGUGAAAGGUAGGACAGCACUUCACUAUCUGUGUCCUAGGGAUGAUGUCAAUGAAAGCGCUAUCAAACUGUUGUUACAAAACGGAGCGGAUGUCAACGAGGCUGACGUGAAAGGUAGGACAGCACUUCACCAUUUGUGUGGUAAGGAUAAUGUAACUGAAAGCGCUUUCAAACUGUUGUUACAAAACGGAGCGGAUGUCAAUAAGGCUGGCGUGAAAGGUAGGACAGCACUUCAUCAUCUGUGUGGUAAGGAUGAUGUAAAUGAAAGCGCUAUCAAACUGUUGUUUCAAAACGGAGCUGAUGUCAACAAGGCUGCCCUGAAAGGCAGGACAGCACUUCACUGUCUGUGUGUUAGGAAUGAUGUCAAUGAAAGCGCUAUCAAACUGUUGUUACAAAACGGAGCUGAUGUCAACAAGGCUGACAUGGAGGGCGUGACAGCACUUCACUAUCUGUGUGGUAGGAAUGAUGUCAAUGAAAGCUCUAUCAAACUGUUGUUACAAAAAGGAGCUGAUGUCAACAAGGCUGGCGUGCAGGGUUUGACAGCACUUCACCUACUGUGUGGUAGGGAUGAUGUCAAUCACCUCGCUGUGAACUUGUUGUUACAAAACGGUGCUGAUGUUAACAGGGCUGCCUUGGAGGGUUUUGAGGGCGUGACAGCACUUCACUGUCUCUGUGUUUGGGACAAUGUCAAUGAAAGCGCUAUCAAACUGUUGUUACAAAACGGUGCUGAUGUCAACAAGGCUGACGUGAAAGGUGGGACAGCACUUCACCAUUUGUGUGCGAGGGAUACUGUCAAUGAAAGCGCUGUCAUAUUGUUCUUACAAAACGGAGCUGAAGUCAAAAAGGCUGACGUGGAGGGCGUGACAGCACUUCACCAUCUGUGUGAUAGGGAUGAUGUCAAUGAAAGCGCUAUCAAACUAGUGUUACAAAACGGAGCUGAUGUCAACAAGGCUGACAUGGGGGGCUUUACAGCACUUCACUGUUUGUGUGAUAGGGAUUAUGUCACUGAAAGCGCUGUCAAACUGUUGUUACAAAACGGAGCUGAUGUCAACGAGGCUGACGUGAAAGGUAGGACAGCACUUCAUCAUCUGUGUGGUAAGGAUGAUGUAAAUGAAAGCGCUGUCAAACUGUUGUUUCAAAACGGAGCUGAUGUCAACAAGGCUGCCGUGAAAGGCAGGACAGCACUUCACUGUCUGUGUGUCAGGAAUGAUGUCAAUGAAAGCGCUGUCAAACUGUUGUUACAAAACGGAGCUGAUGUCAACAAGGCUGACAUGGAGGGCAUGACAGCACUUCACUAUCUGUAUGGUAGGAAUGAUGUCAAUGAAAGCGCUAUCGAACUGUUGUUACAAAAAGGAGCUGAUGUCAACAAGGCUGGCGUGGAGGGCGUGACAGCGCUUCACUAUCUGUGUGUUAGGGAUGAUGUCGAUGAAAGCACUAUCCAACUGUUGUUACAAAAGGGAGCGGAUGUCAACAAGGCUGCCGCGGAGGGCUUUACAGCACUUCACUGUCUGUGUGUUAGGGAUGAUGUCAAUGAAAGCAUUAUCCAACUGUUGUUACAAAAGGGAGCGGAUGUCAACAAUGCUGCCGUGGAGGGCGUGACAGCACUUCACUAUCUGUGUGUUAGGGAUGAUGUCAAUGAAAGCACUAUCCAACUGUUGUUACAAAAGGGAGCGGAUGUCAACAAGGCUGCCGUGGAGGGCGUGACAGCACUUCACUGUCUGUGUGAUAGGGAUGAUGUCAAUGAAAGCGCUGUCGAACUGUUGAUACAAAACGGAGCGGAUGUCAACAAGGUUGCCGUGGAGGGCUUUACAGCACUUCGCUGUCUUUGUGAAAGAUAUCAUGUCAAUGAAAGCGCUGUCAAACUGUUGUUACAAAACGGAGCUGAUGUCAACAAGGCUGACACGGAGGGCUUUACAGCACUUUACCCCCUCUCUGCUAGGGAUCAUGUCAAUGAAAGCAUUAUCAAACUGUUGUUACAAAACGGAGCGGAUGUCAACAAGGCUGGUGUGAAGGGCGGGACAGCACUUCACUAUCUGUGUUCUAGGAAUGAUGUCAAUGAAAGCGCUGUCAAUCUGUUGUUACAAAACGGAGCUGAUGUCAACAAGGCUGACAUGCAGGGCUUUACAACACUUUACCAUCUUUGUGCUAGGGAUCAUGUCAAUGAAAGCACUAUCAAACUGCUUUUACAAAACGGAGCGGAUGUCAACAAGGCUGGCGUGAAGGGCUUUACAGCACUUCACAUUCUGUGUGAUGGGAAUGAUGUCAAAGAAAGGGCUGUCAAACUGUUGUUACAAAACGGAGCUGAUGGCAACAAGGCUGACAUGGAGGGCUUUACAACGCUUUACCAUCUGUGUGAUAGGGAUGAUGUCAAUGAAAGCGCUGUCAAAAUGUUGUUACAAAACGGAGCGGAUGUAAACAAGACUACCGUGGAGGGCUUUACAGCACUUUACCAUCUGUGUGCCAGGGAUCAUGUUAAUGAAAGCACUAUCAAACUGUUGUUACAAAACGGAGCGGAUGUCAACAAGGCUGGUGUGAAGGGCUUUACAGCACUUCAAUGUCUGUGUGCUAAGGAUGAUGUCAGCGAAAGCGCUGUCAAACUGUUGUUACAAAACGGAGCGGAUGUCAACAAGUCUGACAUGGAGGGCUUUACAGCACUUCACCAUCUGGGUGCUAGGGAUGAAGUCAAUGAAAGCGUUGUCAAACUGUUGUUACAAAACGGAGCGGAUGUCAACAAAACUGACGUGGAGGGCUUUACAGCACUUCACUAUCUGUGUGCUAGGGAUGAUGUUAAUGAAAGCGCUAUCAAGCUGUUGUUACAAAAGGGAGCUGAUGUCAACAAGGCUGACAUGGAGGGCUUUACAACACUUUACCAUCUGUGUGCUAGGGAUGAUGUCAAUGAAAGCGUUAUCAAACUGUUGUUACAAAACGGAGCUGAUAUGAUCAAGACUGACGUGGAGGGCGUGACAGCACUUCACUAUCUGUGUGCUAGGGAUGAUAUCAAUGAAAGCGCUGUAAAACUGUUGUUAAAAAACGGAGCGGAUGUCAACAAGGCUGGCGUGGAGGGCGUGACAUCACUUCACUAUCUGUGUGCUAGGGAUGAUGUUAAUGAAAGCGCUAUCAAACUGUUGUUACAAAAGGGAGCUGAUGUCAACAAGGCUGACGUGGAGGGCUUUACAGCACUUUACCAUCUGUGUGCCAGGGAUCAUGUUAAUGAAAGCACUAUCAAACUGUUGUUACAAAACGGAGCGGAUGUCAACAAGGCUGGCGUGAAGGGCUUUACAGCACUUCAAUGUCUGUGUGCUAAGGAUGAUGUCAGUGAAAGCGCUGUCAAACUGUUGUUACAAAACGGAGCGGAUGUCAACAAGGCUACCGUGGAGGGCUUUGCAGAUCUUCACUGUCUGUGUGAUAGGGAUGAUGUGAAUGAAAGUGCUGUCAAAAUGUUGUUACAAAACGGAGCGGAUGUCAACAAGGCUGACGUGGAGGGCUUUACAGCACUUUACCAUCUGUGUGCCAGGGAUCAUGUCAAUGAAAGCACUAUCAAACUGGUAUUACAAAACGGAGCGGAUGUCAACAAGGCUGACGAGAAGGACUUUACAGCCCUUCACUGUCUUUGUGUUAGGAAUGAUGUCAAUGAAAGCGCUGUCGAACUGUUGUUAAACUACGGAGCUGAUGUGAACAAGGCUGGCGUGGAGGGCGUAACUGCACUUCACUAUCUGUGUGCUAGGGAUGAUGUCAAUGAAAACGCUAUCAAACUGUUGUUACAAAAGGGAGCUGAUGUCAACAAGGCUGACGUGGAGGGCGUGACAGCAAUUCGUUAUCUGUGUGCUAGGGAUGAUGUCAAUGAGAGCACUAUCAAACUGUUGUUACAAAACGGAGCGGAUGUCAACAAGGCUGGUGUGAAGGGCGGGACAGCACUUCACUAUCUGUGUUCUAGGAAUGAUGUCAAUGAAAGCGCUGUCAAUCUGUUGUUACAAAGCGGAGCUGAUGUCAACAAGGCUGACAAGGAGGGCUUUACAGCAUUUCACUGUUUGUGUGAUCGGGCUGAUAUAACUGAAAGCGCUGUCAAACUGUUGUUACAAAACGGAGCUGAUGUCAACAAGGCUGACAUGGAGGGCUUUACAACACUUUACCAUCUUUGUGCUAGGGAUCAUGUCAAUGAAAGCACUAUCAAACUGGUUUUACAAAACGGAGCGGAUGUCAACAAGGCUGGCGUGAAGGGCUUUACAGCACUUCACAUUCUGUGUGAUGGGAAUGAUGUCAAAGAAAGGGCUGUCAAACUGUUGUUACAAAACGGAGCUGAUGGCAACAAGGCUGACAUGGAGGGCUUUACAACGCUUUACCAUCUGUGUGAUAGGGAUGAUGUCAAUGAAAGCGCUGUCAAACUGUUGUUACAAAACGGAGCGGAUGUAAACAAGACUACCGUGGAGGGCUUUACAGCACUUUACCAUCUGUGUACCAGGGAUCAUGUUAAUGAAAGCACUAUCAAACUGUUGUUACAAAACGGAGCGGAUGUCAACAAGGCUGGUGUGAAGGGCUUUACAGCACUUCAAUGUCUGUGUGCUAAGGAUGAUGUCAGCGAAAGCGCUGUCAAACUGUUGUUACAAAACGGAGCGGAUGUCAACAAGUCUGACAUGGAGGGCUUUACAGCACUUCACCAUCUGGGUGCUAGGGAUGAAGUCAAUGAAAGCGUUGUCAAACUAUUGUUACAAAACGGAGCUGAUGUCAACAAAACUGACGUGGAGGGGUUUACAGCACUUCACUAUCUGUGUGCUAGGGAUGAUGUUAAUGAAAGCGCUGUAAAACUGUUGUUAAAAAACGGAGCGGAUGUCAACAAGGCUGGCGUGGAGGGCGUGACAUCACUUCACUAUCUGUGUGCUAGGGAUGAUGUUAAUGAAAGCGCUAUCAAACUGUUGUUACAAAAGGGAGUUGAUGUCAACAAGGCUGACGUGGAGGGCUUUACAGCACUUUACCAUCUGUGUGCCAGGGAUCAUGUUAAUGAAAGCACUAUCAAACUACUGUUACAAAACGGAGCGGAUGUCAACGAGGCUGGCGUGAAGGGCUUUACAGCACUUCAAUGUCUGUGUGCUAAGGAUGAUGUCAGUGAAAGCGCUGUCAAACUGUUGUUACAAAACGGAGCGGAUGUCAACAAGGCUACCGUGGAGGUCUUUGCAGAUCUUCAAUGUCUGUGUGAUAGGGAUGAUGUGAAUGAAAGUGCUGUCAAAAUGUUGUUACAAAACGGAGCGGAUGUCAACAAGGCUGACGUGGAGGGCUUUACAGCACUUUACCAUCUGUGUGCCAGGGAUCAUGUCAAUGAAAGCACUAUCAAACUGGUAUUACAAAACGGAGCGGAUGUCAACAAGGCUGACGAGAAGGACUUUACAGCCCUUCACUGUCUUUGUGUUAGGAAUGAUGUCAAUGAAAGCGCUGUCGAACUGUUGUUAAACUACGGAGCUGAUGUGAACAAGGCUGGCGUGGAGGGCGUGACAGCACUUCACUAUCUGUGUACUAGGGAUGAUGUCAAUGAAAACGCUAUCAAACUGUUGUUAAAAGAAGGAGCGGAUGUCAACAAGGCUGGCGUGGAGGGCGCGACAGCACUUCACUAUCUGUGUGCUGGGGAUGAUGUCAAUGAAAGCACUAUCAAACUGUUGUUAAAAGAAGGAGCGGAAGUCAACAAGGCUGGCGUGGAGGGCGCGACAGCACUUCACUAUCUCUGUUCUAAGAAUGAUCUCAAUGAAGGCGCUGUCAAACUAUUGUUACAAAACGGAGCUGAUGUCAACAAGGCUGACAUGGAGGGGUUUACAGCACUUCACAGUCUGUGUGUUAGGGAUGAUGUCAAUGAAAGGGAUGUUAAACUGUUGUUACAAAACGGAGCGGAUGUCAACAAGGCUGGCGUGGAGGGCGCGACAGCACUUCACUAUUUGUGUUCUAAGAAUGAUGUCAAUGAAGGCGCUGUCAAACUGUUGUUACAAAAGGGAGCGGAUGUCAACAAGGCUGACAUGGAGGGGUUUACAGCACUUCACAGUCUGUGUGCUAGGGAUGAUGUCAAUGAAAACACUAUCAAGCUGUUGUUACAAAACGGAGCUGAUGUCAACAAGGCUGGCGUGGAGGGCGUGACAGCAAUUCAUUAUUUGUGUGCUAGGGAUGAUGUCAAUGAAAGCGCUGUCAAACUGUUGUUACAAAACGGAGCAGAUUUAAACAAGGCUGACAUGCAGGGCUUUACAGCAGUUCAUCAUCUGUGUGCUAGGGAUCAUGUCAAUGAAAGCACUAUCAAACUGUUAUUACAAAACGGAGCGGAUGUCAACAAGGCUGACGAGAAGGGCUUUACAGCACUUCAAUGUCUGUGUGCUAGGGAUCAUGUCAAUGAAAGCGCUAUCAAACUGUUGUUACAAAACGGAGCUGAUGUGGACAAGGCUGACAUGGAGGGCUUUACAGCACUUUAACAUCUGUGUGCUAGGGAUGAUGUCAAUGAAAGCACUAUCAAACUGUUGUUAAAAGAAGGAGCGGAUGUCAACAAGGCUGGCGUGGAGGGCGCGACAGCACUUCACUAUCUGUGUUCUAAGAAUGAUCUCAAUGAAGGCGCUGUCAAACUGUUGUUACAAAACGGAGCUGAUGUCAACAAGGCUAACAUGGAGGAGUUUACAGCACUUCACAGUCUGUGUGUUAGGGAUGAUGUCAAUGAAAGCGAUGUUAAACUGUUGUAACAAAAC